GAGUCGGAGGAAAACGUCGGACACAAUUGAUUGAACUAUCCUCCAUCUUCCCUUUUCCACUCUUGCCUCCAAUUUUAGACCUCGAACAAGGAAACUGGGACUAAAUUACACCUGCAAACGCGUCUUGGUUCAAUGCCUUGCCAAGAUUCUCAUCUCAACUUGGCGAAAGCUUGAUUCAAACCCCUGUAGGUUCAGCGUCAUCACCCCUCCAAACCAUCCGAAUACAUCGAAUCCGAAUGCGCCAGUUCUUCAAAACAGGUAAAAAAAACUGUGAGAGAGGACGUAUUCGGAGUUUGAACCCACCACCAACUGUUGCGAAAUUAUUAUUCCGAUGCUUACGCUCACUGACAAUAAAACUAAUUGAUAAAAAUAAACUUAUCUCUACGACUUCUCUUCUUCUGUCUUGCUCUACUAUGACAUUAUACCAUCAUUUUGAAGCCAUCAUAACUUUAUUCAUUCAAAUCUUUGUGAUCUUCCCCUAUAGUGCUUUCACAAUCAGACGACAGCGAGAAUUGAUACCAAAGAAUAAACCAUCAAUCGAAGAUAUUGCCCAUUCAGAAAAGACGGACUCGAAAAGGAAUUCAAGAACCAUGAUAUCAGACAAGGUUUAUAAGCUCUGUACGAGCGAGGAGACAGUCUCCUCACUGCUUGCAAAAGAUCCUACAAUGGCACCGGGAGAUGCCUGGAAGCAAUUAUAUGGAGGACAUGCGGCAGGGGAGAAGGAAAGUAAGAACGAGGCGAGGAGACAUCGAGAUACCAUAACGCCGGAGGACUUGCAGAGAGCUUUGGAAUGUGGAAAAUGGGGUUCAACGCAACCAAGUGAACUUUUCUUAAAGGUAAGUUAUUUUGAUCUGCAAGAAGAAGAUCAGUAUUGAUGGUUGGCAGAUGUAUCAUGAUGCUCUAUGUACUCUGGAUAAUAGUGUCAGCAAUUGUAUGGUCAGUCCGCCGUUGAUGGGAAGUUCUGGUGUUAUGCCGUUGAGUGUGAUUUCAGUGUACGUACCACUCAAUUGUUCAGAAUUUAUUUCGGACAAUUCUCAUCCCCUUAUGCGAAACAGUGUUUUAACGAGUGAUUCAAUUAGCGUACCAGAUAUUAUGCGACAUAUGUCAAAUCUGAUAGUUCGAGCCGAAAAAGAAGUUAUUCUAGCAACCAACUACUGGCAAAAUUCAGUUGCUUCGAAAUAUAUUACAAAUGCAAUGAAGGAGCUUUCGAGAAGAGCUGGUGAGAGAGGCGAGAGAAUAGUGUUCAAACUACAAUACGACAGAGGAAGUCCGAAACAAUUACUCGAUAAUCAUUACAUGGUUUCAGAGAAAGAAUAUCUCGGAAAAGCUGUUGCACUUCCUACGGCGGCGGAAAUCCCAAAUCUCGAUCUCCAAGUCAUGAAUUAUCAUAGACCUAUGCUCGGAACAUUUCACUGCAAAUAUAUGAUAGUCGAUAGGAGAUUUGCUGUUCUGCAAAGUAAUAAUAUUCAGGACAAUGAUAAUAUGGAGAUGAUGACACAUUUGGAAGGUCCAAUUGUUGAUUCUCUAUAUGAUAUGGCUCUGAUUUCUUGGCAUAAGAAAUUUGAGCCUCCAUUACCAAGUCAUAAUUCUCCUGCAGUUCAAGGUGGAUUGAGCUCAUUCCAAAACAAACGUCACGAUGAGAUUUUUGAUCAAAAUGGUUCUAUCAGAGGUCACUCGGCUGUUGUACAUCCGGAAAGAAUGCAGGCACAACAAGCUUACUCUUAUGAACCUCGAGCUUCAAAUCAGCCGGGUUACGUUCAUCCUGAGACGGCAGCAAAUGGUAAUUCAGCCACAGGUCCUUCAACAACCGAGAGUGUCACACAUCCUGUUGGAAGUACCAAUAAUGCGGAGAGCAUUAGCAAUGGAGUUGAACAAAUUCAAUUGAAUGGUGAUCAAAAUGUUAAUCAUGGAUUCGAGGAUAAAGAUCUCAAAACUAGAGAAAUGAUGGCUGAGAAUGCAAGAGCGAUUGCAACCACAGGAGAUGCUGAACACAUUGUUCAUACGAAAGAUGGCGAUAAAGCGGUCCCUACCUCACCAGAACGAGCAACUCAAGCCCAACAUGGUAUCAAUGGACCCGAUAUAGAGACUCAGGAAUUUCUAAGCAACGGAACUCAAGUAAUCCCUCAAUCACAAAUCGAACACCCCUCACCAUCCGGUAAUCUUUUACCGGAACACACAACCGAUGAUCCCCAUUAUGAUGAAGAUAUCGCCGGUGAAGUAGCUCGAGUUCAAACUGCUGUUUCUCCUAAAAAUGGAGAAACAAGGAUUGAAGCCGUUACUCGUCACCUCAACCAUACUAGAAAUCCAGGCUUCAAAGGAAAUGCACCGGAUUGUGCACCACAAGAAGAAAUGACUCCUUACAUUCCUCAUCCAGUUCAUGAACCAUUCCCUAUUGCUAUGGUUUGUCGUGAACCAUAUGGAUCGCCAAAUCAUAGCUCUGUGUAUAAUCCUCAAAAUGAGGUUUGGCUUUCCGCAUUGAGAAAUGCUACCAAAAAUGUUUUUAUCCAAAGUCCUACACUUAAUGCUGAGCCAUUGGUUCCGGAAAUUGUUGAAGCGUGCGAGAGGGGUGUCGAUGUAUAUUGUUACAUCUGUCUUGGAUAUAAUGAUACAGUAAGUUCUACACAUCCAAACUUUCCAACAAUUAAAUAUACUAAUAAACACCCAGGGCGAACUCCUCCCAAUGCAGGGCGGCACCAACGAAAUGAUCGCUCACAAAAUGUACACCACCCUCUCUGAAACCGGAAAACAACAUCUCCACUACUUCUUCUACAUCGGUAAAGACCAAACGGUCCCUCUCGUCGCCAAAAAGAAGCUCCGCGAUUGCCACAUCAAAGUCAUGAUCGUAGACGAACACAUCGGUAUCCAAGGCAACGGAAACCAAGAUACGCAAUCCUGGUUUCACAGUCAGGAAAUUAAUGUUAUGAUUGAUAGUGCGGUGGUUUGUAAGGGGUGGAUUGAUGGAUUGAGACGAAAUCAAAAUACUCAUCUGUAUGGGGAGGUGGCGAAGAGUGAUGGGAUUUGGAGAGAUGACGGGGGGAAUGAGGCGAAGGAUGUUAUUGGCGUUGAUCCGGGGAGGUUCUCAUGGGCGAAGGGGUUUUUGGGUGCGAUUAAUAGGGUUAGGGGGACGGGGGAUUUUUGAUUUUUGAUUUUUAGGGCUAAAGUUGGGUGUGUGGUGUGUGGUGUGUAGUGGGGGAGAGAUGAGGUUGGGAGGGGAAGGGAAGUAAUAUAUUUUAUCUUGGAUUUGAACGUUUAAGACUGAUUUGUAUAGUUCUAAGAUGCUGGGUGUGUGUUAGUAUAGCUAUAUAUAUAUAUAUACACACGAGUACACGAGUAUAGUAUAAUAAGUUUAUCCCCCUAUAACAAGUUAAUAUCUCCCAUCCGAAAACUCUUUACAUUAUCAAUGAAGUCAACAACCAGCCCGAGUAACAGAGAAUAGAAAACCAACCGCU